CGGCCUGCACAGCGAUCUGUCGCAACAUGAAUGUCGCACGCAGAGGCAGACGGGGUCGCGGGGUACAGGCGCGUGGGUGCAGGGCCACAGCUCGAGGUUGCGGCGUGACCAAGGGGCGGCAGCGGGUCUGGGUGCCCACGGGAUCCAUGACCGGCGUGCGAAAAUUGAAGGAGAAGAAGAAGGUUGACCGGUAAUGGAAAUUCUCGUCGGAGACAAAGCGACCGUGGUUGGCUGCUAUGGGCUCCUGCUGCCCUGCUCGGUGCCUUCAUGUUUCUUUAAGUCUGCAGCACUGGUUUCAAAUUAUUGCUCAGACAUUAUUAAUCAAGGAUACGAGUUCAACAAGGCUGAGAAGAUGGAUCCGAGAAGAGCCGGCGGCCCGGUAUGAUGAGCUCCCGGCGACGUUGACCGUCUUGGCCGCUGAAGACAUUGCUGAUUCCAUCGACGCACUCUACCACAAGGACGAGGCCAUGGCUGAACUCAAAUCUGAGGUGAUGGAGGCGCUCGACGACGACAGUUGGAUGUUCGCCGCGUCACAGUCCCGCAUCAACCUUGUCUCCAGUCCUGGUAAGAAGAGAACACAAGAACAGCAAGGUGCUUACCUACCCAAGCAACACGUACGGGAAACUCUCGGAGCUGGGGCAGGCAUCCAAGAAAACAAGGAACUUCUAGGAUGUAGAUGCUUGCGCUUGCAAGAAGCCUCAUCCAUGACUCCAUGAUGGUAGUGAAGGCUAGGAUUCCAUCUAGGCUGCAGCAUCAAGGAUGAUUUGGUCCAGCUUCAAAUCAAUCUGGUUGCUUCCUGCUAAUUCAAUCUCAGGCACAUGUAUGGAUUUUCAAGUGAUUGAGAGGUCAAUGUCAUGGUUGUUGAGCUCCAGCAAAAGCGACACCUUGAGAAAAUGGAAUGACCAGCAUGUAAGGUUAGGGGCCAAAUCACUUGCAAAUGGAACAAUAUGGUUGGAUCAGGUAUGGCAUGUAGCUGCUUAGCUUUUUUCUUAAUAACCAAAAUCUUAUGGUCUCUGCAUUUAGGAAACACAGAAAAACUAAAAAUCUAUUAAAGUGUUGUUGAAAAUAACAAUUCUAUGAUCAAUUGGCACUGCUACUCUAAUAUGAACUCUAUUUUAGUGUGUCUGAGUCAGUAUAUGUUCAUAUGUAAUCUAUUUUAGGUUUGUAAAUUACGCAGAAAGGUAGAGCUGUUAGCAGACUUGUGGCAUUCAAUAUAAAGCAUUAAGUAUUUUUAACGGUUUGACAAUUAUAUUUAUAAAUAGAAUAAUUUGGCAUCCAGUUCAAAACAAUGAAUAGCUUCCAAAAAUGAGAUUGCUGGGUUAGGACAACUGUCCAAAGUAGUGGAUGCUAAAAAUAAAGUUAUAAUUACUUUUGGUGAUCUUAGAGAAGUAUAUAAUGGAUGCAGUAACAUGAG